CACGGUUUGUCCCUUACGAGUCCCCUUAUGUUACCAAGGUAGCCCAGAAGAAGCCCAAGUGAGUCUGAUUGCAGAACGCACAUUUUACCCAACAUUUUCACCGUGACAACGUUGCGGACGCUAUAGUGUAGAUAAAACGCUCUCCCCCGUUAUCCUAAAAAAUAUUUUCCACUCGUGACAUUACUGUUUUCUUCGAGAGCCAUCUUCGUGAUGCUAACGCUAACUAAACCAGCAACAGGUUGUAUAAACGGUAGGUGCUAAUUAGCAUGUAGCAUAGUGGGGACUUGUGUAUGUGGAAUAUUUUAAGACAAGUUUAGUUUAAUGACAUUUUUACGGCAACAAUUUGCAACAUAUUCCCCCAAAAGGCUAACGGGGGGCCCUUUGCUAACAUGGGAACGGCCUCCUCCCUGGUCAGCCCCGGGGAGGUGAUCGAGGAUGGCUACGGCGGCGAGGGCGGCGAAGCGUGCGAGAUUCCCGUAGAGGUGAAGCCAAAAGCCCGACUCUUGCGCAGCUCCUUCCGCCGGGGACCUCGGGCGAUUGGGGCCAGCUUCAAGUCGACUGGCUCCGUGGACCUCGAGUACGCCGCCGAGUACGAGCGGCUGCGGAAAGAGUACGAGAUCUUCCGCGUAAGCAAGAACAACGAGAUCACGUCCAUGCAGAAGAAGGAGUCCAAGCUGGACGAGGAGAAUAAGAGGCUGAGAGCUGAGUUGCAGGCUUUGCAGAAGACCUACCAAAAGAUCCUGAGAGAAAAGGAGAGCGCCCUGGAGGCCAAAUACCAAGCCAUGGAGAGGGCUUCCACUUUUGAGCACGACCGGGAUAAAGUGAAAAGACAAUUUAAGAUUUUUAGAGAGACGAAGGAAAAGGAAAUCCAGGAUCUCCUUCGCGCUAAGAGGGACUUGGAGUCCAAAAUGCAACAACUGCAAGCCCAGGGCAUCCAGGUGUACUCUCCCGACGAUUCCGAUUCGGACGACAACCAAACGACUGUGACUGCUGCGGGAACCCAGUCCGAGUACUGGACCGGGGGGGUGCUGGGUAGCGAGCCUUCUAUGGGCAGCAUGAUGCAGCUGCAGCAGACCUUCCGGGGACCCGAGUUGGCCCAUAGCCUCAUCGACGUCGAGGGCCCCUUCGCAAACGUGAGCCGAGACGACUGGGAUGCUGCGGUGGCCAGUCUGCUGCAGGUGUCGCCUCACGUGCCUCAGGCCUUGUGGAGCAACACGGUACGCUGCUACUUCAUUUGCGCACCGGAGACCAAAGCUGAGAUGGACAUUUUUACCAAGAAGCACUCUCUGGUGCUGAGGAGGCUGUGUGAAGGUCUAGGACAUUUCUACCUUAACGUCUGCUUCCACGAAGACGCCGCCGCCGCCUCGUUUGCGUCGGCACGCAAACGGGAGAUUGAGAGGAGCUCCGUGUGCGUGCUGCUUCUCAAAUCUACCGUCAACAGCUCCGUGGUGGAGGAUUGUGAGGAGGCUUUUGUGAAGAAUCCAGAUGGCCAUCCAUUAGUGCUCUACCUCAGGACGGAAGGAGAUGGGAACCUGUCCGGGCCCACCAGGAAGCUUCUGGAAAGGGUCAACGUUGCGGACAAGGCUGCUAAAAUUAAGGUCUUGGAUCACAGCGGUUCUGCUGAAGAUGGAGCCAGCCUCAUUUCAGCUCAGCUGGAGAAAGUCAUCAAGCAGGAGUUACUCGGUCUGGAAGGAGCGGACGGCGACCCGAAGGACUCCGGGAUGGAGGAGGGCCGCGAGGAAGACGCAGGCGACGUCCUGUGGGACCUUCAUGACGAGCAGGAGCAGUUGGAGUCCUACCAGCAGGCGUGCGGCAGCACCGGCUCCCAGCUAGGCUUCCAAAAGUACGUGGAGCGGCUCGACGACAUGAUCGCCGCCCCUCCUCCGACUCCGCCUCUGCUGGUGUCGGGCGGUCCGGGCUCGGGGAAGUCCCUUCUCCUCGCCAAAUGGAUGGAGCUGCAGCAGAAGCAGUCCCCCAACACCUUGUUCCUCUCCCAUUUCGUCGGGCAACCUUUUUCCUCCAGCUCUGAGCCCGUGCUCAUCAUCAAGCGCCUGACCGUGAAACUGCUGCAACAUUUCUGGUCCAUUUCGGGCUUGUCCAUGGAGCCCAGCAAGAUCCUGGAGGAGUUCCCACGCUGGCUGGAGAGGCUCUCGGCGCGCCACCAGGGCAAUAUCAUCAUCAUCAUUGACUCCAUCGACCAAAUACAGCACGCGGAAAGACACAUGAAGUGGCUGAUCGACCCGCUGCCCGUCAACGUCAGAGUGGUUGUGUCCGUCAACGUGGAGACGUGUCCUCAAGCGUGGCGGUUGUGGCCCACUCUCCACUUGGACCCGCUGAGUCCCAGGGAAGUCGGUAGUGUGGUGAACGCCGAGCGCCUCAGCGCGGACCUCCAACUUGGCAAGGAUCAGGAGAAGAAGCUGGAAAAGCACUGCCGCUCAGCGUCCACCUGCAACGCUCUAUACGUCACGCUGCUCGCCAGGAUGAGCGCCAGCGGAUGGUGGUUGGAGAAGAGCCUGGAGCGGUGCCUGCAGUGUCAGGACACCUUGUCGCUGUACCGCCUGGCGCUCAAAACCACGCUGGACUCCCUCGGCUCGGACAAAGAGCGACACGUCGCCAGAGAGAUACUCUGCCUGGUGUAUUGCAGCCACAAUGGCGUGAGCGAGUCGGAGGUUCUCGACCUUUUCCCGGAGUUGCAAUUUCCGGCGCUGGCGUCGCUGCUCUUUGGUCUGAGUCGACUCUGCGUGCUCACCCUCCGCUGCGGCCUCAUCAGGUUCCGCCAUCUGCAGGCAUGGGAAGCAGUGCGAUUGGAGUUUCUGAGCGGAGGCCGCGGCUGCGCUUCCUACCGAGAAAAGCUGAUCCACUACUUCAGCCGGCAGCUCAGUCACGACGGCGUGACGUGGCGCGUCGCCGACGAGCUGCCCUGGUUGCUUCAGCAGCAGGAGGACCGCAGCAAACUGCAGCUGAGCCUUCUGAACCUCUUUGUCUCCCAGAACCUGUACAAGAGGGGUCAUUUCUCCCAGUUGCUGGCCUACUGGCAGUACGUGGGCAAGGACAAAAGCUCCAUGGCCACCGAGUACUUUGACUCGCUCAAGCGUUACGAGAAGAACUGCGAGAGGGAGGACGGCGUGACCAAGCUGGCCGACUUCUAUGAGACGUUGGGACGUUUCCUCAAAGACCUGGGCCUGCCCAGUCAGGCGGUGGGUCCUCUCCAGCGGUCGCUGGAGAUCCGAGAGACGGCGCUGGACCCCGACCAUCCCAGCGUGGCACGCUCCCUGCACCAGUUGGCCGCCGUGUACGUCCAGUGGAAGAAGUACGGCAACGCCGAGCAGCUGUACAAGCAGGCGCUGGAGAUCAGCGAGAACGCCUACGGGGCCGAGCACGGCAGCGUGGCCCGAGAGCUGGAGUCCCUCGCCGCCCUCUACCAGAAACAAAACAAGUACGAUCAGGCGGAGAAACUCAGGAAGAGGUCCAUGAAGAUAAGGCAGAAAACAGCUCGCCAGAAAGGCCACAUGUACGGCUUCAGUCUGUUGCGUCGCCGGGCCCUCCAGCUGGAAGAGCUCACCCUUGGGACCGACUCGGCCGACUGCGCCCGGACCCUCAAUGAACUAGGAGUGCUUUACUACCUCCAGAACAACCUGGACGCGGCCAAGGUGUUCCUGACGCGCUCGCUGGAGAUGCGCCAGCGUGUCCUGGGCCCGGAGCACCCCGACUGCGCGCAGUCCCUCAACAAUUUGGCGGCGCUGCACACGGAGAGGCGGGACUACCAGGCGGCCGAGGACAUGUACGAGAGGGCGCUGGACAUCCGCAAGAGGGCCCUCUCGCCGGACCACCCUUCGCUCGCCUACACGCUCAAACACCUGGCCAUGCUCUACAAGCGCCGGGGGAAGCUGGAGAAGGCGGUGCCCCUCUACGAGCUCUCGCUGGACAUCCGGGAAAAGAGUUUUGGGCCCAAACAUCCUAGCGUGGCGACGGCACUGGUCAACCUGGCGGUCAUCUACUGUCAGCUGAAGAAGCACGACGAAGCCUUGCCCCUUUACGAACGAGCGCUCAAAGUGUAUGAGGACAGCCUGGGACGCUCGCAUCCUCGUGUCGGCGAGACGCUCAAGAACCUGGCAGUGCUGAGUUACGAAGAGGGCGACUUUGAGACGGCGGCCGAGCUGUACAAGCGAGCCAUGGAGAUCAAAGAGACGGAACCGCCGCCGUCGGCGUGCGGUAACGCGGCGCCGUCGCGCCACUCGUCCACUGCCGACACCUUCGGCCUGAGGGGACCGGCCCCCCUUCCUCAAGGCCCCAGUGCGGGGCAGUCGAAUCCCACUUUCCUGAUUCAAACACCUUCCAAAAGUUAUGUUCUAAGGAAGAAGCCACCCGGUGCGUUGCUACCUGGCGCACACAAGGUGGACAGGGAAUAUCGUGUCCAGAAGGCAUUGCAUUCCGCUGGUUUCCCCGUGCCUCAGCCCCUUCUCCACUGCACCGACAUGGACGUCAUGGGAACAGAGUUCUACCUGAUGGAGCACGUUGUGGGCCGCGUGUUUCGGGAUCUUCGUCUGCCCGGAGUGAUCCCGGCGGAGAGGGCGGCUCUGUACGUGGCAGCAGUGGAAGUUUUGGCCAAACUGCAUUCAUUGGACCUGGCGUCCCUGAAGCUAGACGGCUACGGGAAAGGAGCGGGAUACUGUAGGAGACAGGUGUCCACAUGGACCAAGCAGUACACGGCCUCGGCUCACCGAGACAUCCCUGCCGUGAACGAGCUCUCCUCGUGGUUGAUGAGCAACCUGCCCGUUGAGGAUCAGGAGGUCACGCUGGUCCACGGUGAUUUCCGAGUGGACAACUUGGUAUUCCAUCCGAGCGAGGCUCGGGUGCUGGCGGUGCUGGACUGGGAGUUGUCCACCAGCGGGCAGCCUCUGGCGGACCUGGCCUACUUCCUCAUGCCUCACUACUGGCCCUUCAGCCUCAACAUAUUGAGCUCUAUGGGUAGCUUGAAAGGAAUAGAAGGUAUCCCCUCAGUGGACGAUUUGAUUUCCAUUUAUAAAUGCUGCCGGGGGGUCCCGUCACCUUUGCCCUGCCUAAAUUUCUACUUGGCGCUGUCCUUCUUCAAAAUGGCAGGAAUCGCUCAGGGUGUUUAUGCCCGCCACCUGCUGGGCAAUGCCAGCGCUCCCAAUGCCGCCGAGUUAGGCCAGUGCGUCGAGCCCUUGGCUGUGCUCGCCCUGCAGCUGGCGCAGAGGCCUCCGGAGGCCGCGCAGGAAGCCCGGCUGUUUCUGCAGACGGCCAAAGGCCAGGCAGUGCUCCAGCAGGUGAAGGACUUUAUGAGGCAGCACGUGCUUCCCGCACAGAAGGAAGUAGCGGAGUACUACAUCAAGUAUGCUCACUCGCCCCUGAGGUGGAACACCCCCCAAAUAAUCGAAGCUCUAAAGGUGAAAGCUCGAGAGGCAGGAUUAUGGAAUCUCUUCCUGCCGGCGGCCAGCGGCCUCUCUCAGCUGGACUACGCCCACAUCGCCGAGGAGACCGGACGCUGCUUCUUUGCUCCGGAAGUAUUUAACUGCCAGGCGCCGGACACAGGCAACAUGGAGGUGCUGCACAUGUUUGGCAGCGAGGAACACAAGAAGACGUGGCUGGAACCUCUGCUCAGAGGAGAGAUACGCUCCUGCUUCUGCAUGACAGAGCCUGAGGUGGCGUCCAGCGAUGCCACCAACAUUGCUUGCAGUCUCCACCGUGACGAGGACCAGUUUGUCAUCAACGGAAAGAAGUGGUGGAGCAGCGGUGCGGGGCAUCCUCGAUGCAAAGUGGCCAUUGUGAUGUGUAGGAGCGCCCCCGAGGAGACCGGCAGCAGACAUGCCAGACACACUAUGAUCCUGGUGCCAAUGGACACGCCGGGCGUGAAGUUGAUCAGGCCUCUCACAGUGUUUGGACAAGAGGACGCGAUCCACGGGGGCCAUUUUGAAGUGCACUUUGAGAACGUGCGCGUAGCCGCCGCCAGCAUUAUAUUCGGCGAGGGUCGAGGCUUUGAAAUCGCUCAGGGACGUCUGGGUCCGGGCCGGCUGCAUCACUGCAUGAGAGCCGUGGGCCUGGCGGAGCGGGCGCUGGAACUGCUGUGCCAACGCGCAGCCUCCAGGCGAGCCUUUGGCAAGAAGCUCUAUCAACACGAAGUGGUCGCUCACUGGAUCGCAGAGUGCCGACUCCUGAUUGAGCAAACGCGCCUCCUCACACUCUGUGCCGCACAUGCGCUCGACACGCUCGGCAGCCGUGCCGCACGCAAGCAGAUUGCGCUGAUCAAAGUGGCAGCGGGCAGAAUGGCGUGCAAAGUGGUGGACUGUGCCAUCCAAGUGUUUGGGGGUGCCGGUGUUUCUGGAGACUUCCCUCUGGCGCAGAUGUAUUCCUACGCAAGAACUCUGCGUGUUGCUGACGGACCAGAUGAGGUGCACUUGUCCACCAUCGCCCGUCUGGAGCUGAGGGAUCAAUUGGCCAAAGCCAAGCUGUGACGUCUUCAUAACGUGACUUCCAACCGCAAGCACAGGAGGUCUUUCACAUUUGGAUUCCGCUGCGGUGACUUAAGACUGCAAGACAGGAAAUAGAACAAAGGGUGCAUUUAUUAAAUAAAAACACACGGCUUUGGUAAUUCCAGCGACACACACAAAAUGCGCCCUGCAACAAUGUGAGGCCAAUUUCCUGUGACCUCUCAAGAUAAACAGUGACCCAUGCGUAUGUUUAGGAGAAAAGGCAAUUUAGCUACGCAGUUGCUAAAUGAUCAUAGUGCCAAGUAGCAAACCAGUGAUUCUGAUGUAUUGGUACAAUAUGACAAGUCGUGUGUGUUAUGAUUCAUAAUCUUAUUUUGUGCUGUUUGCCCAGUGUCGAGACCUGCCCUUGGGCUGUACUUUGUCAAGUUUCUCUCACCUCUGCAUAAAGUUUGUGACUGUAAGUCUACUAAACAAAACAGCGGUGGUUAUAUGCCGUCUGCCGCAUCGUGGCCACGUGACGUGUGCGUGACGUCGAUGGGCGGAACGUCCACCCUAAUUCAAAUCCGUGGGCAUAGUUAGCUUGUUUAAAAGGGAGUGGGCAGAAAAACGAUUCAAUUUAUUUAAAUCUAUUUUGAGUGCGCACCAUUAUGUCAAUGCAUAACAACUGUAAGUAUAAUAAAGAGAACAGCAGUUGCUUUGCAGCUGACGUCAUCAGCCGCG